GCCAAGCCCGGCCCGCUCCGGGGUCUAUGGGGCCGCUCCUCUGCGCCGCCCCGCCGGCCCCACGCCGUGCCCGGAGCCUGCCCCGCGGCCAGGUAACGAGGCUGUGGGUCUUGCAGGAGACGCGGGUCCCGAGUCCCGCAGGCUGCUCUGAGCCCGCCUGAGCGGGUUCCCGCGGAGAUGGCGGCCCCCUACCCCAGCGGCGGAGGCGGAGGCGAGGUCAGAUGCGGGGGAGGUCGCGGCGGCAGCGUCCCGUGGGACUUUCUGCCGGGGCUCGCGGUCAAGGCCCCGCCCGGACCCUGCCUGCAGGCGCAACGGAAGGAGAAGUCCCGUAACGCGGCGCGCUCGCGGCGCGGAAAGGAGAACCUGGAGUUCUUCGAGCUGGCCAAGCUGCUCCCGCUGCCCGGAGCCAUCUCCAGCCAGUUGGACAAGGCGUCCAUCGUGCGCCUCAGCGUCACUUACCNGAAGAGGCGGCGUUUCGCUGCCUGGGAGGGACCGCCCUGGGGGUCCAGGAACCCAGGGCCUCUGCCCACACCCAGCAGCAUGGCCCCAGGCCGCAGGGGCCCCGUGGCGCUGGUCUCCGAAGUCUUUGAGCAGCACCUGGGCGGACACAUCUUGCAGUCCCUGGACGGCUUCGUGUUUGCCUUGAACCAGGAAGGGAAGUUCCUCUACAUCUCAGAGACAGUCUCCAUUUACCUGGGUCUCUCACAGGUGGAGCUGACAGGCAGCAGUGUCUUCGACUACAUCCAUCCCGGGGACCACUCUGAGGUGCUGGAGCAACUGGGGCUGCGGGCCCCGACCCCGGGGCCCCCCACCCCACCAUCCAUCCUCUCCUCUUCUUCCUCUUCCUCAUCUUCCUCCUCGCUUGCGGAUACCCCUGAGAUUGAAACCAGCCCCACUGAGGUGCCCCCCUCCUCCCGGAUCCAGGAGCGUUCUUUCUUCAUCCGCAUGAAAUCCACCCUCACCAAGAGGGGGCUGCAUGUCAAGGCCUCUGGGUACAAGGUCAUCCAUGUGACCGGUCGCCUUCGGGCCCGUGCCCUGGGCCUUGUGGCCCUCGGCCACACGCUGCCCCCAGCCCCGCUGGCUGAGCUGCCGCUACACGGACACAUGAUCGUCUUCCGACUCAGCCUGGGUCUCACCAUCCUUGCUUGUGAGAGCAGAGUCAGCGACCACAUGGACCUGGGACCCUCAGAGCUAGUGGGCCGCAGCUGCUACCAGUUUGUCCAUGGACAGGAUGCAACAAGGAUCCGCCAAAGCCACCUGGACUUGCUCGACAAGGGUCAGGUGAUGACUGGUUACUACCGUUGGCUGCAGCGCGCCGGGGGCUUCGUGUGGCUGCAGUCUGUGGCCACUGUGGCUGUGAGCGGGAAGAGCCCUGGAGAGCGCCACGUGCUCUGGGUCAGCUACGUGCUCAGCCAAGCCGAGGGGGGCCAGACACCUCUGGACGCCUUCCAGCUUCCGGCCAGUGUGGCCUGUGAGGACGCAUCCAGCCCGGAGCCAGAGCCCACAGAGCCAGAGCCUCCAGUGGAAGGAAAGCAGGCCACCCACCCAGACGAGGACAAGGCCCCCCCACCUCGGGGCAAACUCAUCAAAGUGGAGCCCCGUCCUGGGGAGACUGAAGACCUGGAGGACAGUGGGGAUGAGGAGCUGCCAGGCCACCUGGCCAUGCCCAGGCCUGAGUUCACAUCCGUCAUCCGGGCGGGGGCCCUGAAGCAGGACCUGGUGGGGCCUUGGGGCCUGGCGCCUCCUGGGGACCCCCCACCUUCCCUCCUGCAUGCGGGCUUCCUGCCCCCUGUCAUGCGGGGCCUGUGCGCACCCGGCACCAUCCGCUACGGCCCUGCCGAGCUGGGCCUCGUGUACCCACACCUACAGAGGCUGGGCCCCGGCCCUGCGCUCCCGGAAGCCUUCUACCCUGCCCUGGGCCUGCCAUACCCGGGGCCCCUGGGCACCAGGGUGCAGCGGAAGGGGGACUGAGGACUGGACCAGCUGGACCGUGGGGGAAGGGUGGGGACCCCAAGGGGGACAGGGCUCUCAGCCCCAGUGAAAUAAAGGCCUGCUCCCCCUCUGUG